GAUCUCCGUGCUUAAAGGCGCGAUGAUCCAGUUCGUGAGCUCCAGAUCGACGUCUACGUCGGCCGCAGCAUCUACAGUGGUGAGCUCCAAUUGGCAGAUUCUCUUAAACAAUGCCGCUGUUGCUGCUCCUUGGCGGGGAAUCUACGUUCACAGCAAGAUUGCAAGCAAAGGGUCCACUUUUGUGAGGACGCUCGCUUGUUUGAGAGCUUGUCCCUCUCAGCCGGCUAUGGAGCGCCACAUCGAGGCAGAUCCAGGAAUGGGGCUGCCAGCACUGGCGUGGAAGCGGAGGCUGGAUACUCCUGUGGUGGAGCUCACAGAGUUUAAGCCAACUCUCAGAGAAAUACUUGAGAUGCUGCCGAUGGGUGUCCGGCUGUGGAAGUUUUGCAGAAGUGAGCACGAACAAGGACGGAGAGCGCCUAUCGAUCCAUUCUACCCUCAAGAUACGCCGGCUUCUUCGUGCCAAGGUGUUCCUCUCGGUGGAAUUGGGGGAGGAAGCAUUGGUAGAGGUUUCCGAGGUGAUUUUUCACGAUGGCAACUGCUUCCAACCGUUUGCCAGACUUCUGCUGUUCUAGCUGAUCAGUUCUCGGUUUUUAUCACCCGGCACAGUAAAGAUGGUACAACGCAAAAGACCUCAUCAGUGUUGUUUCCUGGUGAGCCAGUUUUUGAAAGUAAGGAGACUGAGUCCGGGAUUUCUUCUUGGAACUGGAAUCUAACUGGGGUAAAAAGCACUUAUUACGGGUUAUUCCCUCGUGCCUGGACAACUUAUGAUGGAGAACCGGAUCCCCAAAUGAAGAUUACAUGCCGCCAGGUUUCGCCAUUCGUACCACACAACUACAAAGAAAGUAGUUUUCCUUCUUGUGUCUUCAUCUAUGAGCUUGUAAAUACAGGAGAUGAAGACGCGACGGCUACGCUGCUUUUUACGUGGGCUAACAGCAUUGCUGGAGGAUCGGAAACAUCUGGAGGCCAUGAAAAUUCUCCUUUCAUGGAAGAGGAUGGAGUCCGUGGGGUGCUUCUUCAUCACAGGAAAGAAGAACACUCUGUGACGUUCGCUAUUGCGGCAAGGGAAACGGACGAUGUUUCCACAUCUGUCUGUCCUUGUUUUCUAGUCGCUGGUUCCCCGGAGGGAAAUUCUUAUCAAACGGCGAAGGAUAUGUGGAGUGAGAUAACAGAGAAAGGAUGCUUUAAUGCCAAGAAUUCGACGAUGUCCGCUUCGUUGUCGCAACCGGAAACCGUUGUGGGAGCUGCUGUUGCCGCAAGUGUUGUUGUUCCAGCACACGGAACAAAAUCCAUCACCUUUGGACUGGCAUGGGAUUCACCUAAAGCUACCUUCUUGGGUGGUAGCUCCUACUACAGGAGGUACACGAAGUUUUAUGGGAAGUCUGGCAACGCUGCAUCGAAGCUUGUUCACGACGCCAUUUUGAAUUACAAGCGCUGGGAAUCUGAGAUCCAUGCUUGGCAAGAACCGAUCCUAAACGACCACAGCCUUCCAGAAUGGUACCGCUACACUCUAUUUAACGAGCUUUACUACUUGGUGGCUGGAGGAACGAUAUGGACAGGUAUGAACAUGAAACGCAUUUACACGACCUUGCUAUGUGAUUUAAGUUUUUCAGAUACUUGCCGUCAGGCGUGUUUAGCUCAGAAGCUUAACCCGGUAAAAUCCAAUGGAGUCUCGGAAGCAUUGCUAGACGCUAUCAACGCAAAUUCGGAGGCUCAGUCAUUUUGGUCCAUUGGUAUACCGGCGGUCGAAGAUAACGUGGGACAGUUUCUCUACUUGGAAGGAGUGGAAUAUCAUUUCUGGAACACGUACGACGUGCAUUUCUACGCCUCAUAUGCACUGCUGGCCUUGUUUCCACGGCUUGAACUUCAACUCCAGCGAGACUUUGCGGCCGCCACCCUUUCGCAUGAUCCAGAAAAGAUGUUUUAUCUGGCAUAUGGCAACACCGGCAUCAGAGCUGUUUUCGGUUCGGUUCCACACGACCUCGGUACGCAUGAUCCGUGGAACACACUUAACAGCUACAACUUGCACGACACUAGCAAGUGGAAGGAUCUGAAUUGCAAGUUCGUGGUUCAGGUAAACAGAGACGCAGCUGCUACAGGGGAUCUGGAAUUCGCGAGAGCUGUCUGGCCAGCCGCAUAUGCAGCCAUGGCUGUCACAGACCAGUUCGAUAGAGAUGGCGAUGGUAUGAUUGAGAACGACGGUGUUCCGGACCAGACUUACGACCUCUGGACUGUCGACGGUGUGAGCUCGUAUUGUGGAGGACUGUGGGUGGCAGCACUCCAGGCAGCGUCGGCAUUGGCUGAUCUAGUCGGGGACAAGCCUUCAUCCAGAAUGUUUCACGGCAAGUUCCUACGAGCAAAGGCUGUCUACGAGAAGUCACUGUGGAACGGCUCUUACUUCCACUACGACAAGAACAGCACCUCGGUCCAGUCGGAUCAACUCGCAGGGCAGUGGUAUUCUCUGGCUUCUGGACUUCCUGGAAUCGUCCGCGAAGAUCAAGCUACCAGCGCGCUUGGGACGGUUUUCGCCACAAACGUCAUGCGGUACAAGGGAGGAAACGAAGGCGCUGUCAAUGGAAUGCUACCGAGUGGCGGUGAAGAUAGGACUUCGCUCCAGUCUCGGGAAGUUUGGGCAGGCACCACUUAUGCUGUGGCAGCGGCUAUGAUUCAGCAAGGCAUGCGAGAAGAAGGAUUCCGGACUGCCAAAGGAGUGUUUUUGAAUGGAUGGUCCGACCAAGGACACGGAUAUGCUUUCCAGACUCCAGAAGCCUGGGACAACGAUGGAAAGUAUCGCUCACUGGCAUACAUGCGACCGCUUUCGAUCUGGGCGAUGCAAUGGGCUCUCGAUCCUCCAGAGCAGCUCAAGCAGCGAAGUUGUAGCGUCGAAGUUGGCGAUAUCACAGCGCAGGAAGUGGAGGCUUGCAACAAAAGCUUUGCGAAGCUGGCUUCGCAGCUGAAGGAGCUAUCGCCGCCGGAGGCGAAGGCUUACUCGUCGGUGUGGAUCUGGAUGUUCGACUAUAUCCGCAGCCGCGUCUAUCCCAGGGGAUGAUCCAAUUCGAGAAAAGGUGAAAGAGGAAGAUCAAAGGGAUUGUCUACUAAAAGUAUAAAUUCGAUCGAAUGGUGAGAGAUUUUUUGGAUGUUAA